CAGAUUCACCUGUCGAUACCUACAGGAGCAGUUUCACCCAUCGAGUGAACCAGACAAAGCAAUACCGCGUCAAAGAGAUACCUAGCUUUUCUGCAGGGAUCACUGUAAGCCAGUACCCGAGACAGCUUCACCACUUCCUCUCCAACCUACGAUGCUCGACGAAAACUUUCCCACCUUCCGCUCCCGCCCGUCUCCGGACAACCCACUCUCUUCCAUCCUCUUCUUCACACAGAACGGCGCCGACCCUAGCCCCGAGUACAUCCUCCGACGGGCCGACCCGGCCCUCCCGGCCUCGCGCAGCAAGUACGCCGCCGCCCUCUGCGGUCCGUUGAACGCCGACGUCGUCUACGCCGAAGUCCUCGUCACCCCAGAAUGGUCGCAACCCACUGUCUCGGGCGCCGAGAUGCGCGCCCAGGCACUGAACGGCGCGCCGCCUGCCCCCGCGACGGCGCUGGUCCCGGAAGCCUUUGCCAUUCAGCUGUACAACCCGGACUCGACCGUCGCGAUCAAGAUGGUGCCGGGCACGUGGAACAAGACUGACUCGUGGGAGUUUGAGCUGCCGGUCCAGACGUUCAAGCAGCCCUCGGCCAGCGAGCUUGACAGGGAGAACGGAGGACUGCCACCGCCGGACUUGAUGCCGAGGGUCAUGUUCAGGUGGAAGAAGGACAGCAAGUUGAGCAAGGAUAUGACGUUGUACAUGUGUGGAAAGAACCUGGGAGGGAGGAGGAACAAAGAGCCGGAUAUCACGAUUGCCAUGUUCAAGACUACGACGCGCAAAGAUGGGGAGAGCGUGGUUACUGUCUACCAGCCGAAUCUGCACCGGGUAGAGGUGGAGGAUCGGAAAGGGCUGGAGCUGGUGCUGUUGCUGGGAGCCGAGGUGAUCAAGGACUUGUAUCUGUCUCCAAAGGCCGAUGUGUUCAAUGUCGGAGGAGGGGGCUCUCCCGUCGGAGUUGCAGGCAGGAGGAAGAACUCGAAACCUACCAGCACGCCACCAGGAGUGCCCAUUAUGUCUGGUGCUGUGGCGGCUAAUGGUGGUCCAUCAGGGGCGGGAGGACAGUUUAUUGCUGCGAACGCGAUCCGGCAUCCAGAUACUACACCCGUCAGUGCUUCAGGUGCGGCAAAACCUGCGUCAUCAAAGGCAGAUAUCGAUGCCGAAACGCAACGAUUAAAAGCCAUGGUUGAGCGCGAGGAGCACGAGCGGCAAAAGCGGGAAAGGCAAGAGCGUGAGAGGCGUGAACAAGAAGAGCAACAGCGCAUCAAGAGGAUGCUCGAAGAGGAAGAACAGCGCGAACGUCAACGAAGAGAAGCAGAGAUAGCGGCCGAGACGGAACGCUUACGGAGAGAAUAUGGAAUGGAAGGGCAGGAACUCCCGUCGAUCGUCCACUCUCCUACAGCUCCUCAGAACGGAGGGACGUUCAGUAGCAGCCCUGCCCUCCCGCCACGGCAAACCUUCCAAAACACACAACCUCCGCCGCACCUCUUCCAACAGCCAAGCCAGGGCCAGCUGUCACCAACGACCACCUGGGGCGCCACACCCUCCCUGCCUCCGCGGCCCCUUAGUGCCGGUCCGCCGGGGGCUCAUCAUGGGAGCGGGAGUCAUAACAGCAGCAGCAGGCCAGGGCCGUUCCACUGUGAUAAGCUGAAUAAGGUGUGGAACGGCGUCGUGGUGCCAGCUCUUGAUCGUGGCUCUGGAACUCCGGGACCUGGUAGUUCGGGGAGGAGGCGCAGUAGUGGUGCGCCGUACUUGUCGGCGGAUCAGAAUGGCAGUGGGAGGUAUGGGUAUAGCCAGAGUUCUGUUGGUCUGUCUGGCGGGAAUGGGAGCUCGAGUGCGAGGGAUAGGGAAAGAGAAAGGGAAAGGGAAGAAAGGAACAGGAAGAUUGCGAAGAAAAAGAGUGCGCAUUGGUAGGUGUCUUGAGAGGGGUAUUGACACGGGAGGUGUUGGAGCAUAUCAGGCGUGGUUCCAUAUAUGCAUUAUCAUUUGAAAGGAGUUGGUUGGCGUAUCGUAGCAUAUUUUACCUAUUUAGAGAAUGGUCUGGCUUGGUGAGGAUGGAUUUAUUUGCGGAGGGUUCGACAUCAUUUUAGCAUAGCGGAAGACAGAUGCUAUUAAAGACCUUAACUUUG